UUCACACUCCCACACCCCCUUCCUUUUUUAAACCAGCUUGAUGACAAGCACGAAACAAACAAAACUGGUAGACAUCUGCCUCGCUUUUGAAACAUGGGCGCGGAAACCACGUGGGAAGUAUAGUUUGGCAGCUUGAAUAACAUAAACUGUUAUUCGUUGCAUCGUUUAAAUUCGGACCAAAUCGAGUCCUAUGUCAACCAAUCAAAACUCUAGUUUUGAGCCGAAUGUUUCCGAACUGUUUGUGUUCAUACUGUUCGGAUCUCUUUCGGAUGACAACGUGAGGGGAACCGAAGAAAACAAACGCUCGUCUAUAAGGACAGUUGAAGCGAGGAAUCUGCAUCGCCAUUUUUGUAAACGCGUGAAGUGUUGUUUUAUUUAGUUUUAAACAUCAUGAGUAUUGCUGCUCUUUUACAAGCAGCUGAAUUUCUAGAUAGGCGAGAAAGAGAAGCUGAACAUGGCUACGCUUCCGCAAUGCCUGUACAAAUCGAGAUUACUCGACGAAAACCAAAAUCCAAAAAAUCUCAGGGAAACAGAUCAACUCAUAAUGAAUUAGAAAAAAAUAGGCGAGCACAUUUAAGGAAUUGUCUUGAAAAAUUGAAGGAACUUGUUCCUUUAGGCCCAGAAUCCAGUCGACAUACCACCUUAGGUCUUUUGACCAAAGCCAAAGCAUUUAUAAAGACUCUUGAAGAAAAAGAUCGAAAAAACAAGGAACAAAAAGAACUCCUCAUGGAACAACAAAGAAGGCUGAGACGUCGAUUAAAUGAACUGGGUCGUUUUAAUGUCAUAACAACGCACAAAACAAGAAAGAUCAGCGAAUGUAGUUCUGGAACUUCUAUGUGUACCAACUCAUCUGCUUCAGAAACUGAUGAAGUGGACAUAAUUGGUUAUAACAGUAACCAAAGUGAUACAGAUGACCAUAGCAGUAUCCAGAGCCUGACCAGUGAUGGUGGUGUCGUCAUUAGCACUAAACGACGUCCUGUGGAUGAGCAAACAACCAUCUAACACUGCCAGGUGUGUCGUCCUCCUCCGCUGAUUAGCACAAUAGACUGAGUCCAGAUAGUUUUAUUAUAAAGAAAGGUUUAUGACCUCUACCAUAUAUAUCUCAUUGAGACCUAUAGUUAAGAAGGUGAAAGUCUGUUGAAAAAUAUUUGUUAUUGAUCUAAGGCUUAAGUGAAAUAGCAUAUUUAUUGCUGAAAAUGAGAUAUCUAAAGUGUAUUGUAUGGUGAUGACUAUUUUGCAAUAUAAUUGCUAUUGGUGUUUCAGAUAUUGCUUAAACAGGGCAUAAAAUACAUGCUUUUAUGUGAAACCUCAUCUAAUGUGAAUGUGCAUCUCUUCAUUCAUUAUACUGUUACAAAAUUUUGUAAACUGCCUUUAAUAUGUAGUCAUUACCCACCUAAAUGUAUAAGUUGUGUUAAUAGUUUUAAAUGUUUAUCAAUUUUUAUGUUUCCAUUUAAGAUAUUAAUAUCUUUUGAAAUAAAUCAUUUAAAACAGCAUCAUAUUUUAUGUCCUGUUUAAUAUGCAAAGAGAAAAAAAAUAUUUUUGCCAUCUGGUCUUAAAAUGCACUUUCUACCAAAGCAUUAAAUUUAGUAGGACUUUCAUAUCCUGCUGGUGCAAUUAUUGCAAAUUGACUUUUAAAUUAGU